UGUCAGGAUGAGGAGGCGGAGGUCGGCGCUCCGGUCCGUCUCUGCCCGGGGCUGUGGCGGUGCCGGCAGCUCCAGCCUUAGCGGUUCCUCCCUAGGUGGUGGCGGCGGCGGCUCCAUCGACGCCUCUUCCGCCAGCUGAGCCCGCGGGCAGCCGGGACGCCGCUUCCCCGCCCAUCCUCUCUCCGCUUCCCGAGGCCGGCCGCCUGGCCAUGGCGCAGCCCGGCCCGGCUUCCCAGCCUGACGUGCUAGAGAAUGAUUUAAAAGAAGCAGACAUGAUGCAGUAUCAGGAAGUAAUAUGUGAUGUCCCCAAAGAGAUGCCCAGGUUGAAAUACAAGUUUCUCUUCAGCAACGAGUAGCAGAAUUGGAAAAAAUUAAUGCAGAAUUUUUACGUGCACAACAGCAGCUUGAGCAAGAAUUUAAUCAAAAAAGAGCAAAAUUUAAGGAACUGUAUUUGGCUAAAGAGGAGGAUCUGAAGAGACAAAAUGCAGUUUUACAAGCUGCACAGGAUGAUUUGGGACACCUUCGGACACAACUAUGGGAAGCUCAGGCAGAGAUGGAGAAUAUUAAGGCUAUUGCCACAGUGUCUGAAAAUACUAAGCAGGAAGCUAUAGAUGAAGUGAAAAGGCAGUGGAGAGAAGAAGUUGCUUCACUUCAAGCUGUUAUGAAAGAAACAGUUCGAGACUAUGAACACCAGUUUCACCUUAGGCUAGAGCAGGAGCGAGCACAAUGGGCACAGUAUCGAGAGUCUGCAGACCGGGAAAUAGCUGACCUACGAAGACGCCUGUCUGAAGGACAAGAGGAAGAAAAUUUAGAAAAUGAAAUGAAAAAGGCUCAAGAGGAUGCUGAGAAACUUCGGUCUGUUGUGAUGCCCAUGGAGAAGGAAAUUGCAGCUUUGAAAGAUAAACUGACAGAGGCCGAAGACAAAAUUAAAGAGUUGGAAGCCUCAAAGGUUAAAGAACUGAAUCAUUAUUUGGAAGCAGAAAAAUCUUGUAGAACUGAUCUAGAAAUGUAUGUUGCUGUUUUGAAUACUCAGAAAUCUGUUCUACAAGAAGAUGCUGAGAAAUUGCGCAAAGAAUUGCAUGAAGUUUGCCAUCUCUUGGAGCAAGAGCGACAACAGCACAACCAGUUAAAACAUACAUGGCAGAAGGCCAAUGACCAGUUUCUGGAAUCUCAGCGUUUGCUUAUGAGAGACAUGCAGCGAAUGGAGAUUGUGCUAACUUCAGAGCAGCUCCGACAAGUAGAAGAACUGAAGAAGAAAGAUCAGGAGGAUGAUGAACAACAAAGGCUUAAUAAUAAGAGAAAGGAUCACAAAAAAACAGAUGCCGAGGAAGAAGCAAAAAUACCAGUAGUGUGUGCUUUAACUCAAGAAGAAUCUUCAGCCCAGUUAUCAAAUGAAGAGGAGCAUUUAGACAGCACCCAUGGGUCAGUCCAUUCCUUAGAUGCGGACUUACUUUUACCAUCUGGAGAUCCAUUCAGUAAAUCGGACAAUGACAUGUUUAAAGACGGACUCAGGAGAGCACAGUCUACAGACAGUUUGGGAACCUCAGGCUCAUUGCAGUCCAAAGCUUUAGGCUAUAACUAUAAAGCAAAAUCAGCUGGAAACCUGGAUGAAUCUGAUUUUGGACCCCUGGUGGGAGCAGAUUCAGUGUCUGAGAACUUUGAUACUGCAUCCCUCGGAUCAUUGCAGAUGCCAAGUGGGUUUAUGUUAACCAAAGAUCAGGAAAGAGCAAUCAAGGCAAUGACACCAGAACAAGAGGAGACGGCGUCCCUCCUCUCCAGUGUCACCCAGGGUAUGGAGAGUGCAUAUGUAUCUCCCAGUGGUUACCGCUUAGUCAGUGAGACAGAAUGGAAUCUUCUGCAAAAAGAGGUACAUAAUGCUGGAAAUAAACUUGGUAGACGUUGUGAUAUGUGUUCCAAUUAUGAAAAACAGUUACAAGGAAUUCAAAUUCAGGAGGCUGAAACAAGAGACCAGGUGAAAAAACUGCAGGUGAUGCUAAGGCAAGCUAAUGACCAGCUGGAGAAGACAAUAAAAGAUAAACAGGAUCUAGAAGACUUUAUCAAACAGAGCACUGAGGACUCAAGUCACCAGAUCUCUGCACUUGUCUUGAGAGUCCAGGCAUCCGAAGUUUUACUUGAAGAAUUACAACAAGGCUUUUCUGAGGCAAAGAGAGAUGCCCAGGAGCAGAUGGCUGUGCUGAUGCAGUCACGGGAACAGGUUUCAGAGGAGCUGAUGAGGUUACAGAAGGACAACGACAGCCUUCAAGGAAAGCAUAGCUUGCAUAUGUCGCUACAGCAAGCAGAAGACUUCAUCCUCCCGGACACUGUGGAGGUACUCCGGGAACUGGUGUUAAAAUAUCGUGAGAACAUCAUUCAUGUUCGGACCGCAGCAGACCACAUGGAAGAGAAGCUGAAGGCUGAAAUACUGUUCCUAAAAGAGCAAAUUCAAGCAGAACAGUGUUUAAAAGAAAACCUUGAAGAAACUCUGCAGCUAGAAAUAGAAAAUUGCAAGGAAGAAAUAGCUUCCAUCUCUAGUCUAAAAGCUGAAUUGGAAAGAAUAAAAGUAGAAAAAGGACAGUUGGAAUCCACAUUAAGAGAGAAGUCUCAACAGCUUGAGAGUCUUCAGGAGAUAAAGGUCAAUUUGGAAGAACAGUUAAAGAAAGAGACUGCAGCCAAGGUUGCUGUUGAACAACUAAUGUUUGAAGAGAAGAACAAAGCUCAGAGAUUACAGACAGAAUUAGAUGUCAGCGAACAGGUCCAGAGAGAUUUUGUAAAGCUUUCUCAAACACUUCAGGUGCAGUUAGAGCGCAUCAGGCAAGCAGACUCCUUGGAGAGAAUCCGGGCAAUUCUGAAUGACACCAAACUGACAGACAUUAACCAGCUCCCUGAGACAUGACACCCUGAGGCAGGAUUCUAGUCUGCACUUUGGGUUUUUAACUCAUCCUUAGAACAUUAAUUAUUAACUCUUAAUGAAGCAGAAGUCACAAAAAAAAAAAGGACUGGAGAAGUGCUCAUUUCUAGUGGGAGAAAACUGUACAGCACAGGAACAGCCAACACACUUCCAACGGAACACUAACAGGAUUCUGCACUUGAUCCCAACAGGCAUGGGAUCAGCUCUGGUGACAGAAGUGCUGUGUCCUUACCUGCUUUCUUCAGUAUAGCUCUCUGGAACACAUUUCCCUGUCCUAAAGGAACUUCCCAGUAGUGUUUGGAAUGACCUUUUCUGUUUAUAGAUACCAGGAGAGAGAAGUUUCUUUUUCUGUUGUCUAGAGCUCAUCAGUAGCUGUGUUCAGCUAGCAGAGGUAUAGUGUGCUGUAUGAAUAUUUUAUAUUAAAAUACAAAGUGAGAGCA